GCAAACAAAUCACACAUAGAUCUCAACACAAGUUGUGGUUGAGAUCCAUUCUCUCUAUACACACUCCCACUUCCACUGCAAAACAACCACUUUCAACACUUCAAAAAUUCUCAUUCUUCCGGCCUCCCUCCAUCUCCCUCCGCCUCCGAUUCACCGGAAAAAGAAAACCAAAAAAAGAAAAGAAAAUCUUACUCUUUCCUUUGUACUUCCACUAUAUCCCAUGCAAUAUACAGUGUAUUUGCACCAUAUGGCAUAUGUCUCCUUAGGGAUAUAUAUAUCUUCGUAGUUUCCAUUUUUUGAAUUUCUUUUCCUGUUUAGUAGCAUUUUUGUUUGGAUUUGAUGCUAGUUGUGUCGCCUUUGGCAAACACCGCCGCCGCCAAAGAUGAGAGCCAAGAACAAGUGGAGAAUAGUCUUAGUAAUGGAGACAACGAAGAAUUCCCUAAGUUGCUCGAAAUCAUCGAUUUUGGUGAAGAUUUUUUUGUGGGAUUCAGUGAUGGAGAUGUGUUGCCAGAUUUGGAGAUGGACCCAGAAAUUCUUGCUGAGUUCUCUGUCAGUGAUGGUGGAGAGGAAGCAGAGAUGAACACAUGGGUUUCAAACGAGAAAAUGGAGGAUAAUCCAAGAAAAGAUGAGGAUGACAAGGUUUCGGGUUCUGGGUCGGGGUUGGAUUCGAGUUUGAGUACAAGAGGAGAGGAGAUUGCAAGCAAGGAAGAUGAAUCCUUGGUGGUUAAUCCAUUUUCUAAAGUAAGUGAUGAGAGAAGAAAAUCAACAAAGGCCAAGAAUAAUCAAGGGAAGCGAAAAAUGAAGGUGGAUUGGACGCCAGAGCUGCAUAGAAGGUUCGUGCAAGCAGUGGAGCAGCUUGGGGUGGAAAAGGCAGUGCCUUCGAGGAUUUUAGAGCUUAUGGGUAUCGAUUGUCUCACUCGACAUAAUAUCGCCAGCCAUCUCCAAAAAUAUCGGUCUCACCGGAAACAUUUGCAAAAGCGUGAAGCUGAGACAGCAACAUGGAGCCAUAGACGGCAAAUGUACGGAGCAGCAGCUGGAGGCGGCAGCAGCGAGGGAGACAUAAUCCCUUGGCAAGCCCCCACAAUGGGGUUCCCUCCAAUAACACCCUUGCACCACCACCUCCACCACUUUAGACCCUUGCAUGUGUGGGGUCAUCCUCCCAUGCACAUGUGGCCCAAAUAUCUAGCCCACUCACUAUCGCCACCACCACCGACAUGUCCUCCACCACCACGACCACCGGACCCUUCAUAUUGGCACCACCACAAUCAGCAACAGGUUCCAAAUGGGCUGACACCAGGGACGCCUUGCUUUCCACAGCCACUGCCAGCAGCGAGAUUUGCCACACCUCCUGUCCCUGGAAUCCCAUCCCACGCCAUGUAUAAAGCAGAUCCUGCCAUGAGAGUCCCGACUACACAAUUAGGUCCCCAUCCACUCUUGGAAUUUUAUCCGUCGAAGGAGAGCUUAGAUGCAGCUAUUGGAGAUGUUUUAGCGAAGCCAUGGCUGCCACUUCCUCUUGGGUUAAAGCCACCGUCUAUAGAUAGUGUUUUAACGGAGUUGCAAAGGCAAGGAGUGGCUAAGAUACCCCCACUCGUCCUUGAAUCAACGACAAACACUUCGAAACGCAGUUGUUCAUGUUGGUGUUUUCGAAAAAAAAAAUAAAAAAAUAGAAGACUACAACACUAAAAUUGAGACUGCGUCUGCGAGUUUGUCUUCUUAAUCUUCUACCUCUUUGAUAAAAUUGAGAAUUGUUUUUUUGUUCUUGCAUCAAGAACAGGUUUUAUGUAUUAUAGAUUACGGAAGUCUUGUAGUAGAUUAGUACAUUCUAACUCAUUUUGUUCAUGUUUUUUCCUCUUAUUAUUUUUCAGGUUCAAAGUUCUUUUA